UGGAGAGGCAGAAGACUCUUAUACGAAGGCUCUGCAGAUUUGUCCAGUGUGCUUCCAAAAGGACAGGGCUGUUUUAUUUUCAAACAGAGCUGCUGCAAAAAUGAAACAGGACAAGACAGAAGCUGCCCUAAGUGACUGCAGCAAAGCAGUGGAAUUAGAUCCUAACUAUAUUAGAGCUUUGCUAAGGAGAGCAGAACUAUAUGAAAGAACAGAAAAACUAGAUGAAGCUCUGGAAGACUAUAAGGCAGUCCUAGAAAAAGACCCAUCGAUUCAUCAAGCCAGAGAAGCUUGCAUGCAAUUACCUAGACAAAUUGAAGAGCGGAAUGAAAAAUUAAAGAAAGAAAUGUUAGGCAAACUGAAGGAUCUUGGGAAUUUGGUUCUCCGUCCCUUUGGCCUGUCAACAGAAAAUUUUCAGAUAAAACAGGAUUCAUCAACUGGUUCAUACUCCAUCAAUUUUGUUCAAAAUCCAAACAACAACAGAUAACAUUAAUUCAGUCUAGUUCUGCUGGCUUUCAGGCUUUGUGACCAUGUGCUUGCACAUACCAAUAAAAGGAUUCAGCAAACAUUAUUUGUGCUCCCCAAGGGAAGAUAAGACUCAAGCAUAUUUAUUUCCCUGCUUGUGAAAUUAUUUAUAAUGUGGAUGUAAAGCAAGUCAUUUGACUUCUCUUAGUGAUAACUGUGUCCAGUGUG